CCUCAGAUGUUGUUGUUUUCUCGGCUGCUCCGGUCGCGCGUUCGUGGUGCUCUCGAAAUAAAUCAGAUAUAGGCGAACUAUGAAUUAAAGAGUCCCCAGAUAAUAAAGCAUAGUUCCCCAACCGAGCACGCGAUCAUCGAAACCGAACUCUCGAAAUGGCCGAACCUGUGGCAACGGAAACCAAGGUGCUGGGCAACGGAAACGCCAAUGGAAACGCGGUCGGAAUCGCCGAAUCCGCCAGUGCCGUGUUCCAGGAGAAGAUGAAGCUGCAGUCGGAGGAGCCCAACGAGAUAACCGCGGUGCCCAAGUACGGGCUCAAGCUGAAGUUCGACCAUGUGUGGCCGGAGCGGAGGAUCCAAAACGUGCGGGCCUCCAUAAGGCAAACGCUGCCCAUGGUGCCCCUCGUCUGCAGAUAUGCGGCCUACUACUGGAAAGUGUCGCGUGAAGGUCGCCGGGUGUACAUGGACUACUACUACAUGGAGAAUGGCAAGCAGAUCUACGGGGUUCCCAUCGGCGGAAUCGGAGGUGGCACCAUUGGCCGCGGCUACGCCGGCGAGUUCUGCCGGUUCCAGAUGCGCCCCGGCAUCUACGAGUACAAUGUGGUCCAGGCCAACCAGUUCAUCGUGACCAUCAAGGAUCCCAAGGGCUGCACCAUCUUUCAGAGCCUGCUCUCCAAGUGCAGCACCAGGGACAAGAGCGGCGAUCCGGAUGCGGAUGGCGAUCCGGAUGGGGAGAGAACUAAAUGUCACCUGCCCAAUUGCAGCAGUCGCGCCAAGCAGCCGCUGAGUGCCUGGCACUCGAACAUCGAGGACUCCCGCUGCAGCUACACGGGGCUCUACCCGCGCUCCUGGACGGAGUACGACCUGUCCCACUAUGGAGUGCGCCUCACCUGUCGCCAGGUGUCGCCGGUCAUCCCGCACGAGUACCGGGAGUCCAGCCUGCCGUGCGCCGUCUUCGUGUGGAGCGUGGAGAACGUCUGCGACCAGGAGCGCAAGGUGUCCAUCACGUUCAGUUUCAAGAACGGCACCGGGAACAAGAAGCAGGAUGCCGAGGGCGGAGCCGAGGCGCAGCUGAUCAGCGAGGGCAACGCCAAGGGUGUCUCCAUCCGGCAGAAGAUCGCCGACAUGCCCUGCAGCUAUAACCUGGCCUGCCGGGUCCUCCCCGAGAUCAGCAUCACGCGCUGUCCCCAGUUCGAUCCCGCCGGCAACGGGGAGCAGCUGUGGGCGCAGCUCAAGGAGCACGGUCAGCUCAGCGAGCAGCCCACCUCGGAGACCCUGAAAACCAAAGAUAUAGGCGUGGCUGUGUGUGCCCAGGUGGCCCUGAAGCCAAUGGCCUCUCACGAACUGGAGUUUGUGCUGGUCUGGGACAUGCCGAAGAUUCAAUUUCCCAGGAAGAUGCAGACCCACACGCGCUACUACACCAAGUACUUCGACGACAGCGGCGACUCGGGUCCCAAGAUCUGCGAGUACGCCCUGAAGCAGUACGCCACCUGGGAGCGGUUAAUCGAUGCCUGGCAGAGACCCAUACUGAAUGACGAGACCCUUCCCGACUGGUACAAGUGCGCCAUUUUCAACCAACUCUACUUCAUCUCGGACGGCGGUACCAUCUGGCUGAAGUGCGACUCCUCGCUGGGCACGGAGCUGGCCUACGAUGAUCCCCGGCUCGCCUACGGCCGCUUUGGUUACCUAGAGGGCCACGAGUACCGCAUGUACAACACCUACGAUGUCCACUUCUACGCCUCGCCCGCUCUGGCCCACCUCUGGCCCAACCUUCAGGUCAGUCUGCAGUACGACUUCAAGGAUGCCAUCGCCGCAGAGCUGAGCGAUACCCGUAAGAUGCUCUACGACGGCAAGGUGAUGCCCCGCAAGGUCAAGAACUGCGUGCCCCACGAUCUGGGCGAUCCCGAUGAAGAGCCCUUCACCCUUAUCAACUGCUAUAACAUCCACGAUGUCAAUGACUGGAAGGAUCUCAACACGAAGUUUGUGCUGCAAGUCUACCGGGACUACUAUGUCCUCAAUGAACUGGCCCAGGCCCAGGCGGAUAAUGCCAGCAAGUUCAGCUCUAUUGAGUUUAUUGACAAGGAGAGCUUGUACGAGUUGUACAGCCAGGACAACAAGCGCAAGAACUCUUCAGAUGAAAAACAACAGAACCGCAAAUCUGCAUCGAUGUACAUCAACGAAACCAAUGGCAAGGUGUACCUCAUGGACGCCAUUGGCUACCUGAAGGCCAUGUACGGACCCUGCAAGGCCAUCAUGGAGCGCACCAUUGAGUACGACAAGGACAACGAUGGGCUGAUCGAGAACACCAAGAUGCCGGACCAGACCUACGACUCCUGGGUGAUGGACGGGCCCAGUGCGUACUGCUCCGGACUGUGGCUGGCUGCCCUCCAAUCCAUGUCGGCCAUGGCCACCAUCCUGGACCAGCCGAACGACUGCCUGCGCUACCAGGAUAUCCUGGAGAAGGGCAAGAAAUCGCUGGAGGAGAAGCUCUGGAAUGGCAGCUACUACCGCUUCGAUCUCUCGCACAGCCACCGGGAUACGAUUAUGGCCGAUCAGCUUUGUGGGCAUUGGUAUCUGAAGUCCUGCGGCUUCGACUACGAGAUCUAUCCGAAGGAAAAUGUGCGCACUGCCCUCAAGAGGAUCUACGACAACAAUGUCAUGGGUUUCCAUGAGGGCAAUAUCGGGGCGGCCAACGGGUUCAUAGCCAAUGCGGGCGAACCCACCAAGCCGGGUCACGUGGACAACAGCAACAUCCAGGCGGAGGAGGUGUGGCCAGGCGUGGUGUACGCCCUGGCCGCCACCAUGAUCCAGGAGGGUAUGUUCGAGGAGGCCUUCCAGACAGCCGGCGGCAUGUACAAGACGAUUUCGCAGCGCAUCGGCAUGAACUUCGAGACCCCGGAGGCGCUGUACGGGGAGAAGCGCUAUCGUUCCAUCGGCUACAUGCGACCCUUGAGUAUUUGGUCCAUGCAAGUGGCAUUGGAGAGACGGCGAGCCCAACGCGACUAAGUCGAGAGUACAAUCUAUACCGAAGUCUACACAACCAAAGAUAUUACUAAGCCAGCACAAAAAUAAUCUUAGCCUUUAGUUUGAUUCUCCUGUCGAGGUUGAAACGAGCUUAUUGAUCGGGAGUGGGGGUGAAGAUGAUGUCUGAGAUGGUUUUCAAAUUUAUAGCUUUAUGUGUACUUUUAAGCUGGAAUCUGUUGGCGCUUACUCCAUGUCUUCUCUAGCUGCAAAGCCAGUCACAAAUCAAACUGCUACUCUCUGUUGAAGUACAACUACGCAAUGGUAUUCAGAUGGAGCACAAUUCGUAUUUAAAUGUUAGCUAAGCAAAAUAUUUAAAUCAAUUAUAACUGUUUUAAUUAAUUAUGUAUGUUCUAAGAAAGUAUUUCAAUGUGUAAACCGUUGCUGUCUGCAAUAAAUGUGACCAAAGAGUCGGAAACUAAUCGAGAA